CUGGGGGGAGGAGGGGGCUCGUCUCAUUUAUCCCCACCAAAACAACCCUGCAAGGUGACAGAACUGAAAAUGCACCCAACCAGUGAAGAAUCUGGAUUAGGAGAAGCUGUUGCAAGAGAAGGAAAUGACCAAGAAAUAAAAAGCUGUGAGCAGGAAGGUAGCACUUCCAGCAGUGGGGACAGCUUAAUUAAAGCAGAACAACAGCCUCAGCUGCCUGAAGGAGAGCAAGGGAUAGAAAGGGAUAUUAGCUAUGAGCAUCAAAAGCUAAAAGCUGAUGAUACUGACUAUAGCAAUGGAGAACCAGCACCACUGAAAAGAGACAACUCUGGGAAUGAUACAGGCCAACAGAAUAUGCAGAAAACAAAUGGUAAUUGUGUGUCAGUAACUGAUUCAUCCUCUGAACAUUCAGAAUUAAAACAAUGUGGCAUGAGAAUGACCAAAAAGCUGCUGAGGGACCUCUGCAAACAACACAAGUUAUAUGUGACUCCAAGCUUGAAUGACACCCUUUAUCUCCAUUACAAAGGAUUUGAUCGUUUGGAGAACUUGGAAGAAUAUACGGGCUUAAAGUGCCUAUGGCUGGAAUGCAAUGGCCUGACAAAGAUUGAGAAUCUGACUGCACAGACAGACCUACGUUGCCUUUAUCUGCAACUCAAUUUGAUUCAUAGAAUUGAGAACCUUGAACCUUUGCAAAAACUGGAUUCUCUCAACCUCAGCAACAAUUAUGUGAAGACCAUUGAAAAUCUCUCUUGUCUGAAAGUUCUUCACACUCUGCAAAUUGCUCACAAUAUGUUACAAACGGUGGAAGACGUACAGCACUUACAGGAAUGCCCAAGUAUUAGUGUACUUGAUCUCUCUCACAAUAAGCUAGAUGAUCCCCAUAUUUUAGACAUCCUGGAAACCAUGCCUGAUUUGCGUGUGUUGAACCUAAUGGGAAAUGAAGUAAUUAAGAAAAUAGCUAACUAUAGGAGGACACUUACUAUCCGAUUAAAACAACUGACAUAUUUGGAUGACAGACCAGUUUUUCCAAAGGAGAGAGCCUGCGCAGAAGCCUGGGCUUCAGGGGGGCGUGAAGCUGAAAAAAAGGAAAAGGAAAUGUGGGAAUCGAAAGAAAGGAAGAAGAUACAAGAUAGUAUUGAUGCUCUCACCGCAGUCCGAAAAAGAGCUAAAGAGAAGAAGAAGCAGGAGGAAAUGGAAGAAAGGGGUGGCGGCUCAGCUGACGAACCAGAGAAAAUACCAUCUUCAAGCAAUGACACCGUGGCAGAAAAUGGAGUGGAGACGUUAGGUGUUUUGGAAUCACUGGAGACAAAGCAGAAGAUUGAGAAAUUUGUGAUAGAGACUAUGGAUGCCCAAGAAGAAGCUAUAGCUGCAGCCGCAAUCUUGGGUGAUCAGUUGGGUAGAUCAGAGAAUAAUCCAUAUCAACAGGAAGCACAAAAACUGGUGGCUUCAGGCUUUACACCUAUUGAAGAAGAAACAGUCUAUAGGAUCUCUACAGAAGGGCCACUGUGUACUGAAUGCACUAACUUGGCAGAUAUUGAACACAUUAUGUUGGAUGUGCCAGAAAAACUUUUCCUUGAUGAACUUCCUGAUUUGGAAGAUGUAGAUACCAGUGAAUAUUCAUUGAGGGAGGACAUCUUCAUCAAAAAG